AUGGAUUCCAGAAUGUCAGAUCGUCGACAGGAAUAUCAUAUCGCAGAGAAAGACACGCCUCUGGCCCAUUCUCUCUCGGAAAAGCCCUCUCGCCAAAGGCAAUCGGCCAAGGCACGGCUGGCAUUAUUAACUACAGCACUAUUGGCACUGCUCUUGUUGACUCGACUGUUCAUCUCACCCAGUAGGCCUAAGCAGAUCGUCCCUGGUGAGUCGAAACGCAGUACUCCCCAAAAGGGAUAUCAGCGCCAUCCCAAAGUCUCUCAUUACUGGGGACAGUACUCUCCCUUUUUCUCUUUGGAAAAGCAAUCUGAAAUUAGCACUGCGGUGCCGCCAACAUGCAACAUUGUAUUUGUGCAGGCUCUAGCGCGGCAUGGAGCGAGAUAUCCGACUUCUCACAAGAGCCAAACCUAUGCAGAGCUCAUUGAUAGUAUUCACAAGAACGCCACAGGGUACAAGGGCAACUAUGUCGUUUUGAAAGACUACAAAUACCAGUUGGGAGCAGAUGACCUGACUAGUUUUGGCGAACAGCAAAUGAUUGAUUCCGGGGUGGAGUUUUAUGACCGAUACACGCAUCUUGCACGCGAUAAUGUGCCAUUCGUUCGCUCUGCGGGCUCGAGUCGUGUAGUCGCGUCUGGCCAGUUUUUCAACCAGGGAUUCCAAGCUGCGAAGCAUCGUGAUCCGGAAUCGAACAGGACUCAACAAUCGCCCAUUAUCAAUACCAUCAUACCAGAGGGGAGUGAGUGGAACAAUACUCUGGAUGCCGGUUCUUGUCCGUCUUUUGGAAGUGGCCCAGCAGAUGCCGCCCAGGAAGAAUUUCUAAAUGUCUUCGCUCCUUCUAUCUUGAAGAAAAUCAGCGCUGGUCUGCCAGGAGUGAAACUGGAGACGAAACAUGUCCCUCUGCUAAUGGAUCUCUGCCCCUUUGAAACCGUGGCGCAAAACCAUACUGGCAGCUUGUCUCCCUUGUGCCGGCUAUUCACUCUAUCCGACUGGCAGUCAUACGAUUACUACAACACUCUUGGCAAAUUCUACGAGUAUGGCAAGGGCAAUCCCUUGGGUCCGACGCAGGGAGUCGGAUUCGUGAAUGAAGUAAUUGCGCGCAUGACCAAGUCUCCCGUCAAGGACCAUACCAGUGUCAACAACACCCUCGAUUCCGACGCGGCCACAUUCCCUCUCGAUGCUGCUCUAUACGCCGACUUUAGCCAUGACAACACCAUCACAUCGAUCCUUUUUGCAUUUGGCCUGUACAACGACACUGCCAACCUUCCGACAGAUCAAGUACAAUCCGCGAGCAAGAGCCACGGGUACUCGUCUUCCUGGACGGUUCCCUUUUCGUCGCGGGCAUAUAUCGAGAUGAUGCAAUGUGAUGGCGAUAAUUCGGCCAGCGAACAACCACUUGUGAGGAUUCUCGUAAACGACCGCGUUGUGCCUUUGCGUCGAUGUGAUGUCGACGCGUUGGGUCGGUGUAAAAGAGAUGACUGGAUUCGGGGACUGGAGUUUGCUCGAAGCGGUGGCGAAUGGGGGAGCUGUUACGAGACUUCUUCGUCGUCGUCAUCGUCGUCUUCUUAG